CAUCAGUUUAUAGACACAACAACAACAAUGUCCGUGAUAAUUUUUGUAGGCCUUCUUAUUAGCGUGGUGCACGUGCUGGGAAGUCCGAUUUCCAUUCCUAACAAAGGGGAUAACUGGGUAUCAGUACACAAAGAACUGGAAGAUGUUGAACGCGUUUUACGAAAACUUGGUACCAGGACAGAUUCGGAGGAAUUAAUUUCAAAUGCUUCUAUGAAUAAUUAUCUGGAUCGAAAUAAACAAAGAGUGCGUAAAAUUAAAACCAAAAAUGUCCACAAGCCCGCAGAACAAGAAGGAUUGGAGUUCGAAUCUGACAUGUCGCUCUCACCCGAAGAGCAAGAAGACCUACAAGAAAUGGAAUCUAGAGGGCGUGUCCGUAGAAAGGCUGUAGCCAAUGAAAUGAAACUUUGGCCCAGUGGGAUUGUUUAUUAUCAGUUGUCAAGUGGGCUUGAUCAGGAAGCCAUAACGAAUAUCAAGGCCGCCAUGACGCUGUGGGAGCAAAGCACGUGUCUGAGAUUUAGGGAGUACAACCAGAGAUCGGGGUCCUCCGACAGGGUCAUAUUUGUGCCUGCACAGGGAUGCCAGUCUCCCGUCGGUCGACGAGGUGGUCCUCAAGAAAUAAUGGUUGGAGGAUACUGCAAACAAUCGAUUGGAUCUAUAUCGCAUGAAAUAGCGCACAGCAUUGGAUUUUACCACGAACACUCCCGACCAGAUAGAGACGAUCACGUGACUAUUUACACCAAUAAUAUCAAGCAGGGGUUCGAGAUGGACUUCAAGAAAAUUGGUGUUCGAAGUAUAGAAGACAUUGAACCUUAUGAUGUCUCCUCUGUUAUGCAUUAUGGUCCAACGUAUAUGAGUAAAGAUGGGCAGUCAAAAACAAUCGUACCACGCAUGAAGAACCUUCUUAACACGAUGGGUCAAAGGGAUGUUUUAAGUUUUCUGGACGUGAAAACUGCCAAUGAUCUGUAUAAAUGUUCAGCUAGUUGUCCGGUUCAGUUAAAUUGUAAAAACGAGGGAUAUGUUGGACCAAACUGCGCAUGCCUUUGUCCAAACGGGCUUUCCGGAAGAGACUGUUCGGAAGUUGCUCAAAGCAACACAAACUGUGGAGGCGAACUAACGGGAACGAGUGGCGUUUUCAUGUCUCCAAACUAUCCAGGGGAUUACACAUCCUAUGCCGAGUGUACUUGGGUCAUUAAAGGACCACCCGGAUCUAGAAUCACACUAACUAUGGAGGAUUUUAUGGUAGAAAGUGACGCCACGUGUUACUAUGAUUGGCUAGAAGUGUUCUUGGGUGGACCUCACAUAGGUGGCGCUAGAUUUUGCGGUGAAGAACAGGGAGACGAAAACAGACCCCCACGGACAUUAGAGUACCCUGGCAACACGCUGAUGGUCAAACUCCACUCCGACGACUCAAACGAAUUUACGGGAUUUAAGGCGAGAUACACCAUUCAAACAUGAAGAUAUGGACAUCAAAUAAGUUUAAGAAAUGGACUUAAAGAGAAUGGUCACACGCACUUUUUCAUGCGAAUUUAUAGACAUGCACUGAGAUUAGAAAUUUUGAAUUUGUUUGUUUUUCAAAAGCGAAGUGAAAGAUUUUAUUCUUUAAUUUUUUUCAUAAUAUUUGUAAUUAAUUCGUGCAU